AGCCGUAAAAUACACUGUACCUGGGACCACUUUACGGUUUGGAUUUCAAUCGAGAGGAGGUUCGAGCAGACGAAAAGAGUGAAAAAUGCGGUACAUUUUGAUUGCCGUAGCGAUUUUCAGUUUCUGUGGAUUUUCUCAGGCAAAAAUAAGAUGCUUCGACACAAUCACACAGAUGGUGUAUCUAGACAUUGGAUUUGGUUCUUAUGCUAACAAUCCAGCAUGGAGUCAGCAACAGAAUCAACAAAUGCAGAAGACUAUGGCCAAAGGCCCGCCUGCUCCUCAGAACACAAGUCGUAUUGUCAUUGGUCUAUUUGGAGACACGGUGCCCAUCACUACAAGAAACUUUGCUGCCUUGGCAACUGGAGAAUAUGGAUUUGGCUACAAGGGCAGUCCAAUUCAUAGAGUAGUGAAAGAUUUCAUCAUCCAAGGUGGUGACUUUGAGCACGGAGAUGGUACAGGAGGAAGAAGUAUCUAUGUUGGAGACUCCUUCUUGGAUGAGAACUUUGACAUCAAACAUUACGGCCCUGGCUUUGUCAGCAUGGCUAAUGCUGGUAAAAACACCAACAAAUCCCAGUUCUUUAUCCAGAUGGCUGCCCAUGAAAAUGCAACACAUUUGGAUGACAAACAUGUCGUCUUUGGCAAGGUUCUGGAAGGAAUGGAUGUGGUCAGACAGAUAAAUGCCGUGCCAGUGGACGUUAACAGCAGGCCCAUUCAAGACAUCGUCAUCGUCCAAAGCGGAGUCUUGUUUAUGGAUUAUAAUGUCUUCACAGAAAUGAUCCCCAGCAAAUAAAUAAUUGCUAUACAUGUAGAAGAUAAAAAUCCAGAACUUUGGAAAUCUUUAAUUAAGAAAAAAAAAAUUGUGUACCGGUAUAUACAUACAUCUAUUGUUGUGUAUAUAUAGAUAUUGUAAACAAAAUUAUGUUCAUUCAUUAUGAUGUUGUGUGCGGUCCGGUCGGCAAGAGUCCUUUCCGUGGAAAAGGUUUCACGAAGACCUCGGAUUUAGAUGAUCAUCUUUGUUAUCUUGAAGAAUUUUAACCAUAUUAUUCAUGAAGAAAUUGACUAAACCAUAAAUCAUUGUCUUUUGAAGGGAUUUUUUUCCUUCUUUGGGCGACAAACUUUAAAAAAUUUAAUCACAUUUAUUUUGGCAUUUACUUAAAAAUACACAACGCCAUCUUUGUAAAUUUUAAUGACAUCAGCUAGUGUAAACCAAUGUGAGGAGCUUUUUGAGGACAAGCAAUUUCCUUAUCAAGGUAUAAAAUGUUAUGCAAAUAUACAGCAAAUUGUUCUUAAAUUUUACAGACUGUUUAUGUAAAUUAACCUACAAGAUGAAGAAUAAUUUAGAACUGCGUGACUAUUUUUGGGAUACAUUAAUGAUAUUUUUCCAUGCAUGCGGGGAAAGUUUGUUGGAUGUUGUUGACUAUAAAAGAAAGCAAACAUUAAUUUUUCCAAAAAGAAAGACUUAAGAGAAUAUUGUGUAAAUUCAAGCUGAUAGAACAUUGAAUUCUAGCCGUCUUUCUGGUUUCUCUAAUAAUGCAAAUGCUAUUUGUAUUCUGAUCAUGUAUGAAGCUCUGGAAAUGAUUGAAUAAUGCUUUGAAUAAGGUGAGCUGAAACCUGUUAAAAACUGAUAUGUUGUUAAAAAGUAUUUUUAGCUAGAUGCUAUGUUGGACUGAUUGAUAUUUUUUAUGAUAUAUAUAUUAUAUUUUUUUUAUCUUAAAUUGAAAGGAAAAGAAAAUUAACAUUCUAUGGUGUUUUUAGAAAAGAUUUAUCUCUUAAGGUUUAUAGUUUAAUCUGAAAAGAGAUAUAUGCUCUUUGGGAUUCUAUUUUUACACAUCAUUUUUUUUUUCUUUCAUCAUUGCAUUCUUUUGAUCUGUAAAUAUAUGACUGUAUUUUUAUAUGAUAUAUCUAUAUGUGACAGAAUACUGUUUUGACAAGAUGGUGUUCAACUGCAAAAUAAUGUGCCAAACACAAAGGCGGUGGUUUUUUUCUAAAGCUAUGCAGAAGAAUCAUGCUAUUAAGUAUGCUCUGCACUUCCCGCAUUUAUACGCAUGAUUGAGUAAGUGACAUAGGAUUUAUGAAGCUAGGGUCAAAUUAUUACCAUUAGGGUUUUCAUUUAAUUCAGGAACAUUAUUUAUAAAAAAAAUAUUUUUAGGUUUAGAUCAUAAAUAAACUUCAUUGACUGUAAUUAUUUUAGAUUUGGAAAGGGAUGGGGAUAUUUGUUUCAACUCUGUGACUUCCAUGUAUCUUAUGAGACAAAUGGGAUCAUCAAAGUUGGAUUUAUAUUUGCAUAUAGAUUAUGAGGUUUGAAUUUUUUUAAUAAUCAUUGCAUUCACUAAUUCAUUAUCAUGUGAACUCAUUGUUAAGAUUCUUUGUACAUUUUUUAAUGAUUAAAAAGUGCAGGUAACCAUU